CUCAGCUGAAGAGCUACUCGCCAAUACUUUGUAAAAGUUCAACAUAAUUUUCUAACAAUGAGAGAAAUCGUGCACAUCCAGGCUGGACAAUGUGGUAACCAAAUUGGUGCCAAGUUCUGGGAGGUGAUCAGUGAUGAACAUGGGAUUGACCCCACUGGCACCUACCAUGGAGACAGUGACCUGCAGCUGGACAGGAUUAGCGUGUACUACAAUGAGGCCACAGGAGGUAAAUAUGUUCCCAGGGCCAUCCUGGUUGACCUGGAGCCUGGCACCAUGGAUUCUGUGCGCUCUGGACCCUUCGGACAGAUCUUCAGGCCCGACAACUUUGUUUUUGGUCAGAGUGGGGCAGGUAACAACUGGGCCAAAGGUCACUACACAGAAGGUGCCGAGCUGGUGGACUCAGUGCUGGACGUGGUGAGGAAGGAGUCUGAGAGCUGCGACUGCCUCCAGGGCUUCCAGCUCACUCACUCCCUGGGCGGCGGCACCGGCUCGGGCAUGGGCACCUUGCUCAUCAGCAAGAUCCGCGAAGAGUACCCCGACCGCAUCAUGAACACCUUCAGCGUCGUGCCGUCCCCCAAAGUCUCCGACACUGUGGUGGAGCCCUACAACGCCACCUUGUCGGUUCACCAGCUAGUGGAGAACACAGACGAGACCUACUGCAUUGACAACGAGGCGCUGUACGACAUCUGCUUCCGCACACUCAAGCUCACCACGCCCACAUACGGCGACCUCAACCACCUCGUGUCUGCCACCAUGAGCGGUGUUACAACCUGCUUGCGGUUCCCUGGCCAGCUGAACGCUGACCUCCGCAAACUGGCAGUCAACAUGGUGCCCUUCCCCCGUUUGCACUUUUUCAUGCCCGGCUUCGCCCCACUGACCAGCCGUGGCAGCCAGCAAUACCGUGCCCUCACAGUGCCUGAGCUCACCCAGCAGGUGUUUGAUGCCAAGAACAUGAUGGCGGCAUGUGACCCGCGCCACGGGCGCUACCUCACAGUGGCAGCUGUCUUCCGCGGCAGAAUGUCCAUGAAGGAGGUGGACGAGCAGAUGCUCAACGUCCAGAACAAGAACAGCAGCUACUUCGUGGAAUGGAUUCCCAACAACGUCAAGACGGCCGUCUGCGACAUCCCACCCAGAGGCCUCAAGAUGGCCGUCACCUUCAUCGGCAACAGCACCGCCAUCCAGGAGCUGUUCAAGCGCAUCUCCGAGCAGUUCACCGCCAUGUUCCGCCGCAAAGCCUUCUUGCACUGGUACACCGGCGAGGGCAUGGACGAGAUGGAGUUCACCGAGGCAGAGAGCAACAUGAACGACCUGGUGUCCGAGUACCAGCAGUACCAGGAUGCCACAGCUGAGGAGGAGGGAGAGUUUGAGGAAGACGCUGAGCAGGAUGCCUAAGCAAUGUGAAGAGGUUUAGUCA